AUGGCCAGCCUGCAGAGAUCCUCACUGCCCCUGUUGGCUUCUCUAGCCCUGACAUUGAUCCUAGCUGUGGGCAUUGUAGCCAGUACUAAUGCUGAGGAUGAGCAGGUGGCUGUGGGUAGAGUGGAGCCAGCUGACCUGCAGGAUGAGGAGGUGCAGAAAGCAGUGGACUUUGCUGUGAAAACCUACAAUGAUAUGAACAACGACCUGUAUAUUAGCAAGCCAAUAAAGGUGAUGAGCGCCAGUCAGCAGGUUGUAGCUGGGAAGAACUUCUACUUGAAAAUAGAGUUGGGCCGAACCAUAUGUUCCAAAGCUCAGUCUGAUUUUACUGACUGUCCCUUCAAUGAACAGCAAAAUGAGCAAAAGAGAGUAACAUGCAAUUUCAAGAUCUACAGUGUGUCCUGGGAGAACAAGAUGUCCAUGACAAGUUUCAACUGUCCCAGAGCCUGA